UGUUGCUUCACCAACACUUCUUUAAUUUACCGUUUAUCACCUCGAGCACCAAAUGUUUUGGUUGGCAGACAGACUACCUGUCUCUCUGAUUUUAAACGGACUGUUUUCUGCAGAAACUCUCAGACACAGUUUGUCUGCUGACAGAGUAUCAACCUCUGCUGCUCUCUGCUGAAUAUUUAACUUUGCUCUUCUCAGCCAGAUUGUAAAAAUGAAGAUUGCAGCCUUCAAUGUCAAGAAACUGGGAUGGACAAAGGUCAACAAAGAGGAUGUGCAGACAAAUCUCAUCAGGAUUAUGUCUCGGUACAGCGUGGUGGUGAUACUGGAGGUGGUGGAUUCCACAGGCAAGGCCAUGAAGCUGUUGCUCAGAGAACUCAACAACACCAGGGAGAACAGAAAUAAUCCGUUUGCCAUGAUGAAGAGUGUACAACUGGGACGAAGCUCCUACAAGGAGCAGUUUGUCUUCUUCUACAGAGAAGAUGAGGUGGAGGUGGUUGACACCUACCAGUACAAAGACGAUCAAGAAGGGGAUGAGGACGCUUUCGCCAGAGAGCCUUUCAUCCUGCAGCUCAAGUGUCUAAACACAGUUGUGGAGGACCUGGUACUGAUCCCAGUCCACACCACACCAAUGGAUGUGGUGAGAGAGCUGAACGCUCUGGAUGAUGUGGUCAAAGAUGUGAGGAGAAGAUGGAGCGCUGAUAACAUUAUGUUAUUGGGAGACUUCAAUGCAGAUGGACGUUACCUCUCAAGUAAAAAGAAGAAAGGAAUUCGCAUCAGCUGUUAUCGCUACAAAUGGCUGAUAGACGAAGAUGCAGACACAACGACUAGUGACUCAAAUGACCACACCUAUGACAGGAUCGUGGUGACUGGAGAUGACCUGUAUGAGGCCAUUGUGCCCGGUUCAGCUCAGCCUUUCAACUUCCAGAAAGCCUACCGCCUGUCUACUGCCACUACCAGAGCCAUCAGUGACCACUAUCCAGUGGAGGUAGAGCUCAUAGAGAAGUAAAAUGACCUCUAACAGGACCAGAGAGCAACAGCUGGUGACUCUGACCUGACGAAAUUGGAGGGGUGGGGGGCAGUUUUAUAUGCCAAUAAAACUACUUUCUCUCCCUGAGUAGUGAAAAGGUUGCUUAUUUAA